GGCUUUUUCGCCUUGGCAGGUGGGUCGGGAUUUCUGCUGGGAAGCAUCACGAGAAGGGAGGCUGCUUUGAAGAAUCCCAGAGUCAGUAACGUCAGCAAGAGCAGGCACUAGUGCUGGUGCUCUGGCAGAAGAGAGGUGUUCAGGCUGCUUUUCCUGUUGUCUGCUCCAGGUUGCAUGAAGAAUUAAAGAUGGCAAAAAGUGAUGAUGGCAUACGCAUCUUGCAGGGCCUAUUAGUCUUUGGGAAUGUGGUUAUUGGGAUGUGUGGCAUUGCCCUGACAGCAGAGUGCAUCUUCUUUGUGUCAGAUCCCCAUGGUCUCUACCCUCUGCUGGAAGCCACAGAAAAUGAUGACAUCUAUGCUGCUGCCUGGAUUGGCAUCUUUGUUGGCUUUGCACUCUUCGGGCUGUCUAUCCUUGGUAUCGUUGGAGUCAUUAAGCCCAGCAGGACCUUGCUGCUGGUGUAUAUUAUUCUGAUGCUGAUCACUUAUGCAUUUGAAAUGGCUUCUUGCAUCACAGCAGCGACUCACCGAGACUUUCUCACUCCGAAUCUCUUCCUGAAGCAAAUGCUGGAGAGGUAUCAGAAGUCAGACACAGACAAUAACAAUGACAAAUGGAUGACUGAGGGGGUCACAAAGACAUGGGAUAGACUCAUGCUUCAGAACCAGUGCUGUGGGGUGCGGGGUCCCUCCGACUGGCAGGAGUACACCUCCGCCUUCCGCCGCACGCACAGCGAUGCCGACUUCCCUUGGCCGCACAACUGCUGCGUGAUGGAUGCCCAAGGCUCUCCUGUCAACCUCGAUGGCUGCAAGCUCGGAGUCCCCGGCUACUAUAACAGCAAUGGUUGUUACGACACAAUUUCUGGGCCAAUGAACACACAUGCCUGGGGUGUUGCCUGGUUUGGUUUUGCCAUCCUCUGCUGGACUUUCUGCAUCCUCCUUGGUACCAUGUUCUACUGGAGCAGAAUUGAAUACUGACGGCCCGGUGUCCUCAGCGCUGUCCUGAAGCAUCAUGUGGGGCUGCAUUCGUUCAUCUCCUGCUCCAUUCUCCUUGUGCCAUGGAAGAUUUGAAGUUUUUCCGCUACCUCUCCACACAUAUACUUUUGCCCCUCCAAAAACUUGACACACAGAGCUGAAGACUCCAGGAAAGAAUCUUCUUGUCCCUUCUUUGUCCCUUGUUCUGCAGCCUCAACGCCUCCUGGAUGAGGCACAAUCUUGCUUUGGCUGUGCAAGAAAUCCUUGGAGCAUAAGAUAAGAAGUGAUCUGAUUUGCUCUGUGAUGACAUCAGAAAGGAAAAUGUCCAUAUACACUUGCUCCAGCAAAAUCUCUAAAACUAGGUUGAAUGUAAAUCAUAAUACUAAAGGCUCCAGCAAGGGCUAUGUGAGCAAAUCUGUAACCCCCUGUGACCAAUAAAGGUGGAUGCCGCAAGGGAGAGGACUGCAGACCUCUCUAAUGUGUUUUAUUGUUCAACUUCUGUUCCUGAUCUCUGUCACCCCUUGCCUUAGAAUAAGGCAGAUUCUCUAAGAGUUUAAGUGUGUCAGCAGUAAAGACAUGUCACAGAUAAAAAGUCUGUCGCUAGUCGAGCCCAGUAAAAGGCUAGCUCACUCCUCAGAAAUAU